ACCGGCACAUCAUUCGUAUCUCGCGUGCCGGCCGCGGCACAUCACAUCGGCUCGUUUCUUGUUCGACACAAAUAAACCCGACGUUCUCAGUGGCCCGGACUUUAAGAUGUCCGUGUCAGAAGCAGAUCAUGAGAAGAGGAAACAGAUCUCGGUCAGGGAAAUCGUUGACGUUGAAAACGUCGUUAAUUUAAAAAAAACUUUCAAUCGACAUCUCCACUACACCCUUGUCAAGGAUCGCAACGUAGCUACCAGCCGCGAUUAUUAUUUCGCCCUCGCCCACAGUGUCAAGGACAACCUAGUCUCGAGAUGGAUUCGAACCCAACAGUAUUACUACGAGAAGGAUCCAAAGAGGGUCUACUACCUCUCCCUCGAAUACUACAUGGGGAGAUCCCUGCAAAACACCAUGAUCAAUUUAGGCAUACAGGGUGCUUGCGAUGAAGCCAUGUACCAGAUGGGUUUGAACAUCGAAGAGUUGGAGGAACUCGAGGAAGACGCGGGUCUUGGCAACGGAGGUCUAGGACGUUUGGCGGCAUGCUUUUUGGACAGCAUGGCUACUCUGGGUCUCGCUGCCUAUGGAUACGGCAUAAGAUACGAAUACGGAAUCUUUGCGCAAAAGAUCAAGAACGGCGAACAAACCGAAGAGCCGGACGAUUGGCUCCGUUUUGGUAAUCCCUGGGAAAAAGCGCGUCCCGAAUUCAUGCUACCCGUGAAUUUCUACGGGCACGUUAUCGAUACUCCGGAGGGCAAAAAAUGGGUGAACACGCAGGUUGUGUUCGCGAUGCCGUACGAUAGUCCGGUCCCUGGAUACAAUAACAACGUUGUCAACACCCUGAGGCUGUGGUCGGCGAAAUCUCCCGUUGAAUUCAAUUUGAAAUUCUUCAACGACGGUGACUACAUCCAGGCCGUUAUUGACCGAAACUUGGCGGAAAAUAUAUCCAGAGUUCUCUACCCCAAUGACAAUUUCUUCGAGGGUAAAGAGCUGCGUUUGAAACAGGAAUAUUUCAUGUGCGCUGCAACGCUUCAGGACAUCAUUCGUCGCUACAAAUCCAGCAAAUUCGGAUCGCGGGAUCAUCACAGAACAGAUUUUGACGCCUUCCCAGAUAAGGUGGCGAUUCAAUUGAACGACACGCAUCCCUCUUUGGCCAUACCAGAGCUCAUGAGAAUCUUGAUCGAUGUGGAGGGUCUCCCAUGGGAGAAGGCCUGGGACAUCACCGUUCGCACUUGCGCCUACACGAAUCACACCGUUCUUCCAGAGGCGUUGGAGCGUUGGCCGACAAGUUUGCUGGAGAGCAUUCUCCCUCGUCACAUGCAGAUUAUUUAUCACAUUAAUUUCUUGCAUCUUGAACAAGUACGGGUAUUCUUCAAGGGUGACGCAGAACGUAUUCGCCGUAUGUCCCUUAUCGAAGAGGAUGGGGAGAAACGUGUCAAUAUGGCUCACCUUUCUAUCGUUGGAAGUCACGCGGUCAACGGUGUUGCUCGCAUCCAUUCAGAAAUUCUUAAAGACAGCGUAUUCAAUGACUUCUACGUCAUGACACCUAGCAAAUUCAUGAACAAGACUAAUGGCAUCACUCCAAGGAGAUGGUUGCUAUUGUGCAACCCAACUUUAUCAGAUCUGAUCGCUGAGAAAAUCGGGGACGAAUGGACCGUCCAUUUGGAUCAGCUCGCGCAACUCAAACAAUGGGCUAAAGAUCCGGGCUUCCAACGUAGUGUUAACAAAGUUAAACAGGAAAACAAAUUGCGCUUGGCACAAUUACUCGAAAGAGAUUACGGUGUCAAGAUCAACCCUGCUUCCAUUUUCGACAUUCAGGUGAAACGUAUUCACGAAUACAAAAGGCAGCUGCUCAAUUGUCUGCACAUAAUCACACUGUACAAUCGUAUAAAGAAAGAUCCGUCCGCGCCGUUCGUACCUCGCACAGUUAUGAUCGGCGGUAAAGCAGCUCCAGGAUAUCACAUGGCUAAGAAAAUAAUCAAGCUUAUAUGCAGCGUCGGCAAUGUCGUCAAUAACGAUCCGAUCGUUGGAGAUAAACUUAAAGUUAUCUUCCUCGAAAACUACAGGGUCACUUUGGCCGAACAGAUCAUACCGGCUGCGGAUCUUAGCCAACAGAUCUCAACGGCCGGCACGGAGGCAUCUGGAACGGGAAACAUGAAAUUCAUGUUGAACGGCGCCCUCACCAUCGGAACGCUUGACGGUGCGAAUGUUGAGAUGGCCGAGGAGAUGGGCAACGAAAAUAUCUUUAUCUUUGGUAUGACGGUCGACGAAGUUAAUGCUCUGCAGAGGAAGGGCUAUAAUGCGUACGAUUAUUACAACAAACUACCCGAAGCGAAGCAGUGUAUUGACCAGAUUCAGGGCGGAUUUUUCAGUCCUAGCAAUCCUGACGAGUUCAAGGAUAUCGCUGAUGUCAUAAUGAAGUGGGACAGGUUCUUGCUUCUUGCUGAUUAUGAAGAUUAUAUCAAGACUCAAGAUCGUGUCAGCGAAGUGUACCAGGACGAAAGCAAGUGGGUAGAAAUGGCUAUUCACAAUAUCGCCUCGUCCGGGAAAUUUUCGUCGGACAGAACGAUCGCCGAAUACGCACGCGAGAUUUGGGGAGUUGAACCGACUUGGCAGAAGCUUCCACCACCUACUGAACCACGUGACAUUUAAACAGCUGUUAGCUGCCAAUCGGGAAUAAUCCAACCAUCGCCAUCCUAUUCAUUAGUUCUGGAAUGAUUCAUGCAGAAAUACACACGCGAUGUCCUAUUUGUUUACUGAACAUCGAUGGGGGAAACAAUCGUUUCUGAUUUACCAAGUUUCUCGCUCACCUGGCAGUCAUUGUGACAUAAUUUUGUAAUCUGUUAUUCAUAUACGUCAUAUGAGAAUUUGUUAAGUUUCAAAGAUAAAGUUCAUUCUAUCCAAA